AUGCUUCUCUCUUUUAGCAUUAUAUGGUUACUAAGCACAACUGCACAUCUGAAUCCACGUACUGUUUUUACAAUAUACUCACAACAUUUUCUAUCUAUCUAUCUAUCUAUCUAUCUAUCUAUCUAUCUAUCUAUCUAUCUAUCUAUCUAUCUCCAGCAGGUCUCAAAAAAUUUUUCUGGUUUUUUUUUAACUCAAAUAUUUUUAUCUAUCUCCAAAUUGCUAUCUCUAUUUUGCAGUAUCAAAAUUAAACACUUUCUUUCUUUCCUUUUUCUUUCUUUCUUCCUUCCUUCCUUCAUUCCUUCUUUUUCAUUCCUUCUUUCAUUUGUUCUUUCAUUCCUCCCUCCCUUAAUUCAUUCAUUCCUCACUUCUUUCCUUUCUUCCUUCUUUCUUCAUUUAUUUCUUCCUUCUUUCCUUCCUUUCUUCAUUCAUUCAUUCAUUCAUUCAUUACUUCAUUUCUUCCUUUCUUCCUACUUCAUGUUCUCAUGA